UUUCGAUGUUCGCGUCGAUCAAGUUGGUGAGUAAGUUGGUGACUUUUCGCGUUUCCCCUAACCAGUGAAGGUUGUGUGUGUGUCGGGUUUGCGAUGUCGGAUUUAGGAAGCGGAGAUGAGGGUUCAAGUUCGCAAAAGUAUCACCAAGGGAUGGAACAGGGGAGCAGCGAAUACGACCCAGGUCAACAGGGUCAGGUGGAGCAAGAGUUGGCCACAAAAAUGUUACAAAUUCAAAGUAAACGAUUCUAUUUAGACGUUAAACAAAAUCGGAGAGGAAGGUUUAUCAAAGUUGCCGAGAUCGGAGCAGAUGGCAGGCGUUCACAGAUUUUCCUGGCCCUUUCCACUGCUGCCGAAUUUAGAGAUCACCUCUCUGCCUUUAGUGACUUUUAUUCCUCGUUGGGACCUCCGAAUCCGGACAACGUACCCGAAGAUGGCAAACUGAAGAGCGAGAUGAUGAUUAAGGACAACCGUCGUUAUUACCUCGAUUUGAAGGAGAAUUCACGCGGUCGUUUCUUGCGCGUAUCGCAAACGAUAACACGUGGUGGUCCGCGUUCGCAAGUGGCGAUUCCCGCCCAAGGUAUGAUCGAAUUUCGUGACGCCCUCACCGACCUACUCGACGAGUUCAGCACCGACGAGCACGCGUACAAACCUGAUCUACCCGAAGGUAGACAUAUGCACGUCGAUAAUAAAAAUUUCUAUUUCGACAUCGGACAAAACAAUCGCGGUGUCUAUAUGCGUAUAUCGGAAGUUAAGACGAACUUUCGUACGGCCAUCACCGUUCCAGAGAAGAGCUGGCCUCGAUUCAGGGACAUUCUGGCCGAUUAUUGCGAUAAGAUCAAGCAGCCGUCGACGACGGGAACGGUGCCGGGAACUGGUACUGGACAAGCGAAUGUCGGCGGCGGUGGGAUUUCGUCGGAUCAACCGCAUCCGUUGGUUGGCAACAACACCCAACAGGACACCGGGACAAGUUUAAAGUAGGCUAGUCGGCCAUUUUAGACUAUUAGAUUUAUUAUAAUAACAAAUUAUAAAAUUGGAUAGGCGCGAUGUCAACGUCUCACUUUGUUUUUUUAAACACGCAUGCGCUUAUUUUUCCAAAGGCGAGACGUCGCCAUCGCCGUACGAUAAGUUGUGAGUUGGGUUUCUGUGCAGUGUUGCAAACACUAUAAAUGUUAGAUUCUCUAUUAUAUGUUACGAAAUAUUACUAAAUUAUUUAUUUAGCUCGUUUUUAAGUUGUUGGUUGAAGCGACGGAAAGGUAAGAAAAGAAGAAAGGAGGCGCCACUGUAUUUUUUGGGUGUUGUUUUGUUCUGGAUUUCGUUUCGACCCAAAAAAAAAACAAGUUCUUGUACAAUUUCUAUAUUAGAAAACGAUUGUCAAGAUGGCUACUUUUCGUUUCCGGUUGUGGCGUCUCAGAACGGGUCUUAGCUCAGCAUAACAUUCUUACAAAAUAUUGUGAUUAGAAAAGUUUUAAAUUAUUUUUUUAUGAUUCGUUUGAGGAAGUUUUUGCAUCAAAAUUUUAUAUGUAUAAAUGAUAUAUAAAUAUUGACAGUUUUAUCUCAUCUGCCACGAUAUGUUUUUAUUUUAGAUUUUUUAUUUUUGUAGAUAACUAGUCAAACAAUUGAUUUUGGUGGGACGUGUCGUGGAGUUUGGAUGAUUAUGGAAAAAAUUGCGUAGUUGCUGUAGGAUUAAAAAAGCGGUAUUUUUGGAUUAAAGCUAAUGUUUUGUUAGAUUACGCAACAAGAACCUCGUUUGUUGUUUGAUGCGGAGGUGGCGCUGUCUGCGCCCCUUUUCCUACAAUUUUAUCCAAUGAGAAACUGCCAGUUUUGUGGUUAAUUAAGUGCGGGGUCGACAGAUGGCGCUGUUUCGCAUCGUGCUAGUUUGACGCGUAAUCGUCCAUUCUCUGUCCCAAACUUUCCCAAGAAUUGUAUUAAAACUCAGAACUAGCUUUUUAGUGAUACUAUAAAUGAUAUAAUGAUGAAAAAAGAAAAAUUAAUGUUGCGAAAAAUUUUAUGUAUGUAUUGGAGAUUUUUAAAUUAAAAAAAAAUGCUGGACAUUAUUACUAUAA